AUGAGUGGUUUACGGAGUGUGCGUUCAACCUAUCCCAGUCGGUUAUUGAUUGUUGAAUGUGGUGCCGGGAGUAAUAGUGAUUUAAUCGCUGGUACAGUAAUGGGAAUUGAUCAGUUGUUUUCAAUAUUAACUACUUAUAUUACACAACAAAAAAUACCACAUUUUUCAUUAAUUGUUGCAUCACAACAGAGUGAAACACUUUUGCCACUGAUAUCGAUUCGUAAUAAUCAUUUACGUAUACAAUGUGCUCUCUAUAAGUUACAGAUAUUAGGAGCACAAAAAUUAUCAACAUCAAUUAAACAGUCGGAUUUUAUUAAUUUGAAUUAUGGAUUAGAAUUGGCUACUGAAGAAAUUAAUUCAUUUUUAAAAAAUGAACAAGAUAGUCAAAUAUUCGUCGUGACCAUGAAUAUUGUUAAUUUUGCUCGUGAAUUACCGUGGAUUAAAUCAUUAUCUUUACCUAAUGAUGAUGAACAUAUUGAUCGUUUAAAUCAUCGACAUACAGUGGGUAUUAUAUUGGUGUGUUGUGCCAUUGUCGUCGGUAUAGCUCUUAUACAUCAUAUACAAACAACUAUUGUUGGAUAUCAAACACGUAUUACAUACACAUUAAUAAUACAAUACCGGAUAAAUUGUUCAUAUAUGCAUCCUGAUGAUCAUAUCAUUAUAGGUUAUUAUCAAUGGACACCUCUUAUUCUACUAUUUAUGGCAUUCUGUUUUUAUCUUCCACGUAUGCUCUGGCGUUCAAUGAAUACUCGGUCUGGUAUCGAUAUACAAAAUUUUAUUAGUCAAUGUCAUCCUGAUAAAAGACGUGAUGCAAAAACUGUAACAACAUUAGUUAAUAUACUUGAACAAUAUUGUUCACCAUUAAUUGAAAUAAAAAAAUCAAAUAUAUUUAUUCGAUGUUUACGUGUAGUAUCGUGUACAUCCGGUAAAAGAAUGGGAAAUUAUUUAUCAUCAUUAAAUUUAUUUGUUAAAUUUUUAUAUGUAUUAAAUUCUUUAGUACAAAUUUUAUUAUUAAAUUUAUUUCUUGGUCAAGAUUCUUGGUUAUUUGGAAUCGAUGUUUGGAAUACAAUUAUAUCGGGAAAUAUUCUCAAAGAUUCACCCUAUUUUCCAAGAGUAACAUUAUGUGAUUUAAGAGUAAGAGAAAUUGGAAUUAUACAUAGAUAUACUGUACAAUGUGUUUUACCUAUAAAUAUAUUGAACGAAAAAAUAUUUAUGGUAUUAUGGUUUUGGUUUAUUUACAUAUUUAUUCGAAAUGUUUUGUCAUUUAUUUCUACACUCUGUGAAAUAUUCUUUGAAGGUCGUCGUAUAUCGUAUAUUCGCCGUUUAUAUACAGUAUUUCCAUCUCGUUCUGGAAAUGAUCGUUAUAUUGCACAAUUUACAAGUGAUUAUUUAAUGUAUGAUGGUACUUUGAUUAUACAUUUAAUAUCGGAUAAUGCCGAUGAUAUUAUAGCAGCACAAGUUGUAAUAGAAAUGCUUAAUAAAUAUGCCAUACAACAGGAGAAUGGAAGAAUAAAAUAUCCACAGGAGAAUGAGAGAAUAAGACAACAACAGGAGAAUGAGAGAGUAGGACAACAACAGGAGAAUACGAGAAUAAGACAGCAACGAUUGUCAGAUGAUGAAUUGUUGCAUUCAUCUGUUUAA